AUGUAUUUUUAUUUUUUUAAUAAAUAUAAUUUAAAAAUUUUAGAAAAAAAAUUAUUAUUAUUAUUUAAAUAUAAUGUGAGUUCUAAAAUAUUACAUGAAUUGUUAUAUUUAGGAUUUGAAUAUUGUUUUAUAUAUAAUUAUUCUUUAAAUAUUAAAGAUUUUUCUAAUUUUAUAUAUUUAUUAAUUUUAUAUAAAAGUAAAAUUAAUAAUUUAUAUAUAAAUAAAUAUUAUGAAUUUAAAAAUAAUUAUAUAAAUAUAUUUUUUAAUAAUUAUUAUUAUUUAAAAAUUAUUAAUAAAAUUCAAAAAAUAUUAAAUAAUAAUUUAUAUAAAAAUAUUAAUCCUAUUUUUUCUAAUUUACAUUUAUUUUUUAAUAAUAAAAUAAAAAUAAAAUAUUCUCAAUUACAACAAUUAAUAGGUUAUAAAGGGUAUAUUUCCAAUAUACAAGGAAUUAUUUAUGAUAAACCUGUUAUAAAUAAUUAUAUUAAUGAAUUAAAUAUAUAUGAAUAUAUUUUAUCUUGUUAUGGAUCUAAAAAAGGUAUACUUGAUACAGCUUUAAAAACAGCAGAUUCAGGAUAUUUAACAAAACGUUUAAUAAAUAUAACUAAUAAUUUUAUUAUAAAAGAAUUAAAUUGUAAAUCUCCUUAUGUAUUUAAAUAUUCAUGUUAUAUGGAUAUAUAUGGUAAUAUAAUAUUACCUUUAAAUAUAUUAAAAUUUAAAUUUUUAAAAAAUAAUAUAAUAAAUAUUAAUACAGGUAUUUUUUUUAAUAUAAAAAAUAUUUAUAUAACAAAAUAUAUUUUAAAUAAAAUAUUAAAUUUAAAAUAUAAUAUAUAUAUAAAUUUAAAUAUUAAAUCUUUAUAUUUAUGUACUAUAUUUAAUAAUAUUUGUAAUAAUUGUUUAAAUUAUAAACAAUUAUAUAAAUAUAAUUUAGGACAACAUAUUGGAGUUAUAUCUAGUGAAGCUAUAAGUGAACCUAGCACUCAAAUGGUAUUAAGAACGUUUCAUAUAAAUUCUAUGUUAAAAGAUAAAAUUAAUAAUGAUGUAUUAAAAAAACAUUUAAUAUAUAAAUUAUAUUAUUUAAAAUUUAAUAUAAAGAAAGUGUUUAAAUUUAUAUUUAAUUUUUUAAAAUAUAAAAAUAAAAAAUUAAAUUUAAUAUUUUUAAUAAAUAGUAUUAAAAUUUUUAAUUUUAAAAAUUUAUUGAUUAAAUAUAAUUAUAUAUUAAUAAAUCAAUUUAUAAAAUUUAAUUUUGUUAAUAAUUCUAUAUCUAAAAAUUUUAAAAAUAAUUUAAAUAAUAUUAUAUUAAAAUAUGUAGAUGGUAUGUUUAAAUAUUAUAAUAAUAAUGUUAUACAAUUAAUAAUUAAAAAUUUAUAUAAUAAAUGGAUAAUUUAUAAUAUUUAUACAUAUUAUUUUUAUUAUAAUUAUAUAAAAUUAUAUAAUUUAAAUUAUAAAGGGAUUAUUUAUCAUAAUAAUAUUAAUAAAAAAUAUAAUAUUAUAUAUAUUUUAAAAAGUUAUAUUAAUUUUUAUUCAUUAUUAUAUUAUAAUUAUAUUAAAAAUAAUAAUUUUAAUUUAAAUAUUUAUGAAAAAAAUGAAUUUUAA